AUGACAGCCUUGGCGAGGCUUGUGGAUGCUGGAAGUGUCUCAAGAGCUGCAACAGAUAUGCGUAUUUUUGGUUUGAGACCAAUGACAGAUCCUUUGGAUUUGAUGAAUGUUUUAUUUGUAUUGGAGGUAUGCUGUAAUGCUUGCAAGAAGCCAAUCAAGGCCAGCCAUUAUGCAAUGCAUGCAGAGCUCUGUAAGUCUCUAAGUUCUAGAGCGGAAAUCAACGUGGAACUUGAUGGUCCUGCAGUGACUAAAAAACCUCCAAGGAAGGAGAGGAAAAAGUCACAGAUUACUCAGAGUAAAAAGGCCAAAUCACUCAGAGAGACCAAACACUCUCGUUCUGUAGACUCUUGUGAUGUAGCUGCACCAGGAUAUCAUAUAGAUGCAAAAAGCGAAAUGAGUCUCUUCCCUGAAGCUCAACGAGAAAUGCAUAUGAAUUCCACUGACAAAAUGAAUGGCUCAACAGUGAACCUUUACAGUGUGGACUGUGUACAAGAUGUAACUAAACACUCAUUGAAACCACUAAAAAGGACUUCAGCUGAGAAUCAAUCAAAUCAAGGUACAGAGAAUUUCUACAAGCCAGCUGCUGAGCUUCUUCCAUAUGUUCCAGCUCCCCUUGCGACCAAAAUAUACUAUUCCCAAAGAAAUCACAAUCUCCGAAGAGCCAUUUCUCGCAUGUUCUUUGAGGAACCAGACAAAGAGUUCAGCAAUGAGGUUCCAUCCUCAGAAGAAUAUCAAAGACAGCAAUUUUUUGCUCUUUGCUCGAACGACUGAUCACAUUCUUUCAGCAAGGUCAAACUUCUACAUGGGCGAGCUGGAGCAUUUGAACCAUCCAUGAUCUCAGCUGCUCAGCUCCCUGUGAUUAAUACUAUAGGACCUCAUUAUAUAUCAAAUUCUUAUUCAUUUUCU